GCCGCUGCAGCCGCAUUCCCUGAGCGCGGUGGGCUGCGGGCUGAGGUCGCGCAGGGGAGAGGCACGGCUUUCCACAGCGCCGCGGGACUCGGGCAAUGCGCGUCGCUCAUUUUCGCCUGUGGAAAGGACCUCUUUCUUUUAUAAAGGACUUGCUUUAUUUUACACGGACCGUCUCUGCUGUCUAGCAACUAAUUUUUUCUUUGGAAGUUGUGUCAAGUUAGUUAGCAGAGCUAGGUUUUCGGCUAUCAAGCCUGGCUGCUAUAGCUACAGAGCAGUGUCAUUAGCUAGCAUCCAACUUACUUUGUGGUUAGCCAAACGCACUUUUUUUUAUAAAGAUGAUAUAACGAGCGUGUUUGUAUGCGUUAACGCUUCACAAAUUAUUUAUUGUACUGAGUAGAAGCGCUUAAACGGAGGUUUAUUCAAAGGUUUUUGUUGUCUAAUGUCUCGCUUUUAAAGAGUUAACCCUCACAUAGCGUCCAGCUAGCGACUUAGCAUCCUAGCAUAUAUUUAUCUGCUCCCAGGUUCGCUCGCAUGAGCUGCUUGUAACUAAAGAUCAAUUGAAACACUUUUUAAUCUCUAAUUAUUUUUCUUCAGAAUUGUAUAUUUGAAAACAUGAUCAAAUUGCUUUUUAUUUAUAUAAUGGGACACCGUUUUAUUAAGAAGCAAGACGUGUGAACAGGCGAGCGACAUCCUGUCUGGCGAAUCUAUUUUUAAUAUAAUAGAUACAUAAAUAAAUAAAUAAACAAAUACGUUGAAAUUAUACUUUUAACCUAAACAAAAUGUAGCGGAGACUAUUAGGCGAAGCGAAAUAAAUACAACUAGUACCAAGAAGAUAGCUAGGUUUCUAGCUGAGGCAGUGUGAGAGCACCAUGGUUCUCUGUUGUGUAUGAAUGGGAACAUGAAGUGUUUUCUUCUGGAGCUAAGCUAGCUCUCUCUCUCUAUCUCUUUCUCUGGGUGUGUGUGGCCUCAGCACAGACGUGGCUAGCUGACUCCUUUAUUAUUGUCAGUGUUUAGAUCGUCAACACAAUUGUGUCAGAUAGUGUAAAAGCGAGGACUGUCACAUUUUUUGUUCCACCAUGUCGGGGGAAGUUCGUUUGAAAAAGCUGGAGAAGCUGUUCCUGGAUGGCCCGGUCCAGUCUAAUGGCCAGUGUUUCAGUGUCGAGUCUCUUCUGGACGUCCUCAUCUGCCUGUACGAUGAGUGCAAUAACUCCCCUCUCAGAGAGAAGAACAUUGCAGAGUUUCUGGAGUGGGCUAAACCAUUCACAUCUAAAGUGAAACAGAUGAGACUACACAAAGAAGACUUUGAAAUUCUGAAAGUGAUUGGACGAGGAGCUUUUGGGGAGGUAGCAGUUGUAAAGGUGAAGAACUCUGACAAGGUUUUUGCCAUGAAGAUUCUGAAUAAGUGGGAGAUGCUGAAAAGAGCUGAGACGGCCUGCUUUCGGGAGGAGCGUGAUGUUCUGGUGAAUGGAGACAGCCAAUGGAUCACAACACUACACUACACCUUUCAGGAUGAAAACUUUCUGUAUCUGGUGAUGGAUUAUUAUGUGGGGGGAGAUCUCUUGACGCUGCUGAGUAAGUUUGAGGACCGUCUACCUGAGGAAAUGGCCCGAUUUUACCUGGCUGAGAUGGUCCUGGCUAUUGACUCUGUACAUCAGCUCCAUUAUGUCCACAGAGACAUCAAGCCAGACAACAUUCUGUUGGAUAUGAAUGGACACAUUCGGCUGGCUGAUUUUGGCUCCUGCCUCAAACUCAUGGAUGAUGGAACGGUACAGUCCUCUGUGGCGGUUGGCACGCCAGAUUACAUCUCUCCUGAGAUCCUGCAGGCCAUGGAAGAUGGCAAGGGCAAAUAUGGCCCCGAAUGUGACUGGUGGUCUCUAGGGGUCUGCAUGUAUGAAAUGCUGUAUGGGGAAACCCCCUUCUAUGCUGAGUCUUUAGUGGAGACGUACGGGAAGAUAAUGAAUCACAAGGAGCGGUUCCAGUUUCCUGCUAAUAUCACAGAGGUGUCUGAGAAUGCCAAAGACCUGGUCCGCAGGCUUAUAUGCAGCAGGGAGCACCGGCUCGGCCAGAACGGCAUUCAAGACUUCAAGCAACAUCCUUUCUUUUCUGGCAUUGACUGGGACAACAUUCGAAACUGUGAUGCUCCAUACAUUCCUGAAGUCAGCAGUCCUUCAGACACUUCCAACUUUGAUGUGGAGGAUGACUGCCUCAAAAACACAGAGACAAUGCCUCCUCCAUCUAUAACAGCCUUUUCUGGACAUCAUCUUCCAUUCGUCGGCUUUACUUACACUAGUCAGUGCUCUUUAUCUGAUCGUGGGUGUCUGCGCGAGUGUGCACCAGCUGUGCAGAUGGACAUGUGUGUACAGCGCAGCUUAGAGGAGAGCCUAGCUACUGAGGCAUAUGAGAGGAGGCUUCGCCGUCUGGAGCAGGAAAAAUUGGAGCUUAGCCGCAAACUGCAAGAGUCCACAAAGACUGUUCAAGCUCUGCAGCAUGCUGGAGAUGCUCCAGGCUCUGCUAACAGAGAGUUUGAGAUAAGGGGCCUUAAAGAGGAGAUUGAGACUUUAAAGAAGCAGAUAGCAGACUCUGGUCACUUGGAGCAAAAGUUGGAACAGGCCAGUGCAGCCCGCAAAGAUCUGGAGGAUUCCACCAAACACAUCUGCUCUCUUGAGAAACAGAUAAAAAGCAUGAAACAGGAGAGGGAGGACAUGCAAAAGGAGCUCAAUGAGUCUGCAGAGAAGCUGAAGGUUAUGGGGAAGGAACUGAAAGAGGCCGACAGCCAGAGAAAGCUAGCUAUGCACGAGUACUCUGAGAUGAGUGAGCGAUUGACAGAGCUGCGUUCACAAAAACAGCGCCUCUCUCGCCAACUACGAGACAAAGAAGAGGAGAUGGAUGCGCUCAACCAGAAGCUGGAGGCCCUGAAGCUAGAUUUGCGCAAAACAGAAAGGACAAGAAAAGAGAUGGAAGCCCAGGCAGAGGAGCGUGCCUCGGAAGCCCAGAAAGAGAAGAAGUUGAAGGAAAGCAGUGAAAAAUAUAGCAGACAGCUAGAGGAGGAAUUGGCAGCAGUGAAGCAAAAGCAGGCAGGUCGCCAUCCUGCUGCCGGAGCCCCUGAUCAGCACCAGGAGCUCUCUAAGCUGCGUGCCGAUCUGGAGAAGAAGACAGUGUUUUAUGAGGAGGAGCUGUCUCGCCGUGAUGUCCAACAUGCAAAUGAGCUAAAGAGCCUAAAAAAGGAGCUCCAUGAUGCUGAUGCGCAACAUCUCUCUUUGAAAAAAGAAAUAAUGAUGUUAAAAGACAAACUAGAGAAGACCCGCAGAGAAAGUCAGAAUGAAAGAGAGGAGUUUGAGACGGACUACAAGCAAAAGUACGAAAGGGAAAGAGUGCUGCUGAUGGACGAAAACAAGAAACUAUCAAGUGAACUGGACAGUUUGAUGAUCUCGCAUAAAAAGUUGAACAGCAGUCACAAGCAGCUGGAGGAGGAAAUGAGAGAGUUGGCUGAUAAGAAAGAGAGUGUUGCCCACUGGGAAGCUCAAAUCACAGAGAUCAUUCAGUGGGUGAGUGAUGAGAAAGAUGCACGGGGCUACCUUCAGGCCCUGGCUUCAAAGAUGAAUGAGGAGCUGGAGGGCCUGAGGAACACCAGUCUUGGUGCUCGCUCUACGGACAUGCCAUGGAAGAUGCGACGAUUGGCUAAGUUAGACAUGUCUGCCCGUCUGGAGCUGCAAUCUGCACUGGACUCGGAGAUAAAAGCAAAACAAACCAUCCAAGAUGAGCUAAAUAAAGUGAAGGGCACCAACAUGGCCACUGAGUGCAAACUCCAGGAAUCUGAAAAGAGGAACCAAGAAUUACAGGCAGAGAUUGAGAGACUGAAACGAGAAACAGAAGAACUGCGCUUGUCUAAGGGUGUGAAGCACCAAGAUUCACAGAACUCCUUUCUCGCAUUUCUCAAUGCCCCGACUUCUGCCGUGGAACAUUUUGAUCGCUCUCCUGCCUGUGGUCAAGCCAGCAAAGGCAGACAUAUUGACUCCAUUGACAACUUUAGUCUGUCAAACGCACCAUCCCGAGAUGAUGAUCGCAAGUCUCAAGUUGUCCACACUCGUUCUCCUUCCACCGCCAGCGACCUCGAGCCUCUAGAGUCGAUAGAUUAUCCCCACAGAGGUACACAGACUCCUACAAUGCGAUCAGGAGGAUACAGCAGCUCUGGGUUUACAACACCUAAGCCAAAAGCUCACCAGUUUGUGGUAAAAUCCUUCAACACUCCCACUAAAUGUAACCAGUGCACUUCUCUGAUGGUGGGACUGAUCCGACAAGGCUGUAUAUGUGAAGUCUGCAAUUUCUCAUGUCAUGUGACCUGUGCGGACAAAGCCCCUGCUGUGUGUCCUAUUCCACCAGACCAAACGAAAGGUCCACUGGGUAUUGAUGCACAGAAAGGCAUUGGCACAGCUUAUGAGGGCCAUGUUAGGGUGCCUAAGCCUGCAGGGGUGAAGAAAGGUUGGCAGAAGGCCCUGGCUGUUGUUUGUGACUUUAAGUUGUUCCUCUAUGAGCUGGCAGAGGGCAAGGUCGCACAGCCUAGCGUAGUGGUUAGCCAGGUCAUCGACAUGAGGGAUGAGGAUUUUUCCGUCAGCUCAGUACUAGCAUUUGAUGUCAUUCAUGCCAGUAGGAAAGACAUUUCCUGUAUUUUCAGGGUUACAGCGUCUCAGCUCUCUGCAUCCGGCAAUAAAAAAUGCUCCAUCCUGAUACUGGCUGACAGUGAUCAGGAAAAGAAUAAGUGGGUGGGACUGCUAAAUGAGCUGCAUCGUCUCCUAAAGAAGAACAAGUUAAAGGAGCGCUCUGUUUAUGUUCCUAAAGAAGCUUAUGAUAGCACACUGCCUCUUAUUAAAACCACCCAGUCUGCUGCUAUUAUAGAUCAUGAGAGGAUAGCUCUGGGCAAUGAGGAGGGACUCUAUGUUAUCAAUGUCACCAAAGAUGAGAUUAUCAAAGUAGGGGAUAAAAAGGUCUACCUGAUUGAUCUGAUCCCGUCUGAGCAGCUGCUAGCGGUCAUCUCUGGCCGUAACCGCCAUGUUCGGCUUUACUCAAUGGCGGCUCUGGAUGAUCGGGACACAGACUUCUACAAGCUUCCUGAGACUAAGGGCUGCCAGACAUUGGUGUCUGGCACGGUUAAGCAUGGUGUCCGCCCCUGCCUGUGCGUUGCCAUGAAGAGGCAGGUCAUUUGUUACGAGCUCAGCAAAGGUAAAACACGAUACCGAAAGCUGCGGGAGCUGCAGAUACCUGGGGUGGUUCAGUGGAUGGCUCUGCAGGGGGAUAAGCUGUGCAUAGGUUACCAGGCUGGAUUCCUACGCUACAGCUUGCAUGGAGAUGGGCCUCUCACUAGCCUGCUCCACCCAGAGGACCACACCCUGGCUUUCAUUGGACAGCUAGGCUUGGAUGCACUCUGCUCUGUGGAAAUUUCCAGCAAAGAGUUGCUCCUGUGCUUUAGUAGCAUUGGUGUUUAUGUUGACUGCCAGGGUAGACGCUCACGCCAGCAGGAGCUGAUGUGGCCAGCUGUGCCAACUGCUUGUUGUUAUAAUGCGCCUUACUUAUCAGUGUACAGUGAGAAUGCAGUAGAUGUGUUUGAUGUGAAUAGCAUGGAGUGGAUCCAGACAAUUCCUCUAAAAAAGGUUCAUCCUUUGAACACAGACGGCUCAUUGAACUUGCUAGGGCUGGAGACAGUACGGCUAAUCUACUUUAAAAAUAAGACAGCAGAGGGAGAUGAGCUGGUGGUUCCAGAGACAUCUGAUAACAGCCGGAAGCAGAUGGUGCGCAGUAUGACAAGCAAACGCCGCUUUUCCUUCAGAGUGCCAGAGGAAGAGCGGCUGCAGCAACGGAGAGAGAUGCUUAGAGAUCCUGAGAUGAGGAAUAAGUUAAUUUCAAAUCCAACCAACUUUAACCAUGUUGUUCAUAUGGGUCCUGGAGAUGGGAUCCAAAUACUUAAAGACUUGCCAAUGAAUGUGCGUCCUCAAGAGAGCCGAGGUGUACUGGGCGGCUCCGUCAGCAUUCCCUCUAUAAGCAAGGCCAGACCAGAACCGGGCCGUUCCAUGAGUGCCAGCAGUGGCCUUGGAACACGCUCGUCCUCACAGAAUGGCAGUGCUCUUAGAAGGGAGUUCUCCAGUGGGAGUUACGGCUCCAGCAAGCGGCAGGCAAUGACUUCACCCUCUGAGGGCUCACUCUCGUCAGGGGGAGGAAUGGACUGUGCAGGCGAUGCCCCCCUCUCCCAGUUUGACAGAGAGUGGAAGGCAGUUUCUCCCACAGGCAAGACCCCUGAUGUGAAAAGGACUUUAAGGACCCUGUUUAGUAAGCUGAAGGAUUCUGAUUCACCAAGGCAUUCGACAGCCUCCAACAGCUCGAACCUGAGCAGUCCGCCAAGUCCAUCAUCCCCACAUAAGAGCAAGUCCCUUUCUCUGGAGCGCAGCGAUCAGCCAGGUUGGGACUCCUGAGGGCAAGACCAUGCAUUCAUUCCACUCAUCCUGCUCUCUGUAUUCCUCUAUAAGAGCAUCAGGACCGCUCUCUCCUAUAGUAACAAAAAAUAGAAAAGCAGCAAUGAGACUCAUGGAACUUGAUACACUAUAUUUGGAGUGGUGUGUGAAAAGGCCCUAUAUUUGUUCGUGCAUGUGUGUGAAUGAGUUCACAAACACACAGAAUUGCAAAAACAGCCAAUUACGCACGCUUGACUUCAGCGUUUUUAAACCCUGCUUUGGCAUAAAAAUCACAAAUAUUUCCAGUAGAUUUUAAUUAAUUGGUGCAAAAAUAAUAAUAAUUUUUUUCUAACCUUUAUACAAAGGUUAAAUCUGCCAAUUAGACUUUUUCAGCUUCACAUUUUAAGAAUAAUGUAAAUGGCUAUAUUUCCCUGAUCAAAACAAAGGCUUAAACACUAGAUACAGUUUUUACCCUUUGCUGAAGAGCAAGGUGAAUUCUGAGCAUGGUUAGAAGUGGUCAGUGUUUAGUAAGCAAGUAUUCCUCAGAACCAUUUACAGCGUGGAGAGAUCAUUCCCGGCCUCAGCACUACAUUUAAACUGACCUCGGCACUCAGGUGCCAUGCAGCUCUUUCAUAUGUAAAGCUCAGAAACAGUAGAAAUAGAAUGAAUUAAAUAAUGUACAUAGUUUAAGUAGAGUAUAAUAUAUUGUUUAAAAAAUGAUAACGCUAUUGUGAAACGUGAACAGUUGCCUUGGGGAGUGCUGUUAUCUUUUGACUUCUUUUCCGAAAUUUUGAACAUUUAAAAUGCAGCCACGUUUAAUUGAACAAUUUUAGCUUUAUUUGAUCAGGAUAUCUACGUGUCCAUAGUUCCACUGAAUCCGUCUGGAUUUUAUUAGGGAAAUAUGGUAAAUGUUACAUACAAAUGUAAUGAUAGUAACACCAGGCACAUGCAUGCACACAGAUAGAUAUGUAGGAUUACACGUGAGACCGUAACGACAUGGAAACACAAUCCCUCAGUCACAAACACUCUGUGGUGAAUGUAUCAAAAACUUGUUGCAGCCGCCUUCUUCCUCUCCCGGCCUACUUUAGUGAGCUUCAUGGUUCCUUUACUGGAGCAAUAAUGCUGUUUCCAAAGAUUUGUUUUGUUAAGUGCUUUGUCUGUUUUUUUUGUUAGUUUUUUAUUUUAUGUUUGGUUUGUUUUAAUGAGUGUUUUUAUGAGUAGCAAAACUCAACAUGAAACCAAACAUAGCCUGGGUGUGGAUGUACAUAUCAAGUGUAAUCUGUAUGUUAUCACAGGUUUGAUGACACUAAAGUCACUUUUGUGUGAAACUCGCAAAACAUAUUUCAGUUAAGCUUUAGAGUGUUCAAAUAGGGAGCAUUCAAGGGCUUGAACUCAUUCACUGGUGCAUUUAUCUGUUGCUUUUGUUACUUUCUAUAGCCAGUAAUAACACUCUCGGGACAGGAAGUGGGGAUUUAUUAUUUAACACUAAUUGUAUGAGUUCAGGGAUGGUGCAUAGUUAAAAUAUCACGUACCCCUAGAUUAUUUUUUUUUAUACCUCAAUUUAUGGGCAAUUUUAUUAAUUCAACAGAACAAGCUCACUAAAUCGCUCUUACACACACACUCAUUCCAUGCCGUUCUUUUCUCUCUUUUCUGCCCUAAUCCAUACAAACAAGUUAUACAAAGGUUUUGAUUUGUUUUUGUGAUUCCUUCUAUGAUACUUUUAGGGUCCAUUGAUUUUUAUGCUAUUUGAAGCAAUCGAUGACUAAAUUCCAGUUCAGAAUCUGUUUACAGGAGCAAGAAAUGAGUUUUCAAUGUAAAAGCAUACCUUUGCAUAUGAAGAUAAUGUAACAUAUGUGUAUUUACAUAAAGUGUAAAUAUAGACUUGGUGGUCAUGACUUUGGUCAGCAUAUUGUCACAGCUCUUUGAUCGCAUCGUGUCUCCUGAGCUUUUAAGGGAUUUUUCUGAUUUGCCAUUAGAAGAGUCGUUUUUUUUUUUUUAUUAUUAUUAUUAAAUCAGAAUCGUUUUUAUUAACUCCAGAUCUAUGAAAUGCCUAAGGGAUAUAAUGAGGGAAAACUGUCUGAGUGAAAAAACUAAUCUGAACAGUCUACACUGGAGUUAGCUAUUCACACACACACACCAGUAUUUAAAUAUUUAGUAUUUACUGUUUCGCAAACACGGUUAAAAUUCACUGUGGACCAGUCUAAUAAACUCGGCACAUCCUGUUCCUAAAUUAGCAGCUGAUUUGCAAUGUGUGCUAUUGUUCGGGAUCAUACUUACACGGUUUUUCUUUGGCAUAUUUAUUCCUACUGAAUUUAAACGAUCAUACUCUAUAACGUAAGCUUAAUGCAGAGUGCAUUUGCCUUGUGGAACCGAGGCCGAGAUCGAGGAAAUCCUUCUGCAAGCAUGAUGGUGUAACAGGAAGCCUGUUUGAGAUGUUGCUCAGGUAUGUUAGAACCAAUGAUUUAUUUUAUUACAAUGAGAAAAUAGAGAGCAGGAAGAGAACACAGACUUUGGCGUCUGUCAUUCAUUAUAGGACUGUUAGUUGACGUGUAGGCCGACGUUAGCGGGAGGUGCCUUAACUGAACUCUGAAUGCUGGGUAGUGUAGUAUAACUAUGGUGAAGACUUAAGGGACCUGAGUGGAAACUGAAAACAAAAUGAGGGUUUACUCUGCCUUGUAUAUUACAGCUAUUUCAUAUCACACCUUUGUUGUUUUUUGUUUGUUUGUUUUUUGUAAGAAGUUGUACAGUUUUGCAUGUCUGGUGUAUUCACUUAAAAUUAAGGCUGGAUUUUUUCAAACUGUUUUUACCAUAUUUUAUUGAUCUGUGUAGUGUGGAUGCUUGGGAUGUGAAUGAGAACCACUUUUUUUUUUUUUUUUGGCACAUGCUUAUUUAAGGUGGAAUGUCAUUGAGUUUAUAUUUAAUUAGCCACCACUCUUCACAUUGAGAACUCAUAUCUUGACUGAUUUAUUUCAAUAAAAAUGGGGAACUGUUACAAAUCAA